CUCCUCCUCAGUGGGAGCGGCGCGUCUCCUACUCCAUUUUUGUCAGACGGGUAGAGGAACGCUCUCUCGUCGGGGAUACUGUCAGUCCACGCAGCGGACACUUCAUACCGAGCAACAAAGACUUCGAAAGCGAUUACUGCAGUCUGUUUUCUGUUGGUUUUCGUUAGGAAGAGUCUUUACAGUGUUCUCAGGUGUCUGACAUGGUAGAUUAUCACGCCGCUAAUAAUCAAAUUCAGUAUUCAUCGGGCGGACAGCAGAGCUACAUGGAGCAGGAGAACGACUGGGACCGGGACCUGCUGUUGGAUCCGGCCUGGGAGAAACAGCAGCGCAAGACUUUCACGGCCUGGUGUAACUCUCACCUGCGGAAGGCGGGAACGCAGAUCGAAAACAUCGAGGAGGAUUUCAGAGAUGGACUCAAACUCAUGCUGCUCCUAGAGGUCAUCUCAGGGGAGAGGUUACCUAAACCUGAAAGAGGCAAGAUGAGAGUUCACAAGAUCAACAACGUCAACAAAGCGCUGGACUUCAUCGCCAGCAAAGGAGUCAAACUGGUGUCCAUCGGCGCAGAAGAAAUUGUGGAUGGAAACGCCAAGAUGACUCUGGGAAUGAUUUGGACCAUCAUCCUCCGCUUCGCCAUCCAGGACAUCUCAGUGGAGGAAACCUCUGCUAAAGAAGGAUUGUUGCUCUGGUGUCAGAGAAAGACGGCUCCUUACAAGAACGUCAACGUACAGAACUUCCAUAUCAGCUGGAAGGAUGGUCUUGCCUUCAAUGCUUUGAUCCACAGACACAGGCCAGAGCUCAUUGAUUAUGACAAGCUGAGAAAGGAUGAUCCAGUGACCAAUCUGAACAACGCUUUUGAAGUGGCAGAGCGAUACCUGGACAUCCCCAAGAUGUUGGAUGCAGAGGACAUUGUGAACACAGCACGUCCAGAUGAGAAAGCCAUAAUGACCUAUGUGUCCAGUUUCUACCAUGCCUUUUCUGGAGCCCAGAAGGCUGAGACAGCAGCCAAUCGUAUUUGCAAGGUGUUGGCGGUCAAUCAGGAGAACGAGCACCUGAUGGAGGACUAUGAAAAACUGGCCAGCGAUCUGUUGGAGUGGAUUCGUAGGACAAUCCCAUGGUUGGAAAACCGUGCUCCAGAGAAAACCAUGACAGAAAUGCAGCAGAAAUUGGAAGAUUUCCGCGAUUACCGUCGCGUUCAUAAACCACCCAAAGUUCAGGAGAAGUGUCAGUUAGAGAUCAACUUCAACACAUUGCAGACCAAACUCCGUCUGAGCAACCGACCAGCCUUUAUGCCAUCUGAGGGACGCAUGGUGUCGGACAUUAAUGGUGCAUGGCAUAAACUGGAAGGGGCCGAGAAAGGCUAUGAAGAGUGGCUACUGAAUGAGAUCCGUCGUUUGGAGAGACUUGACCAUCUUGCAGAAAAGUUCCGUCAGAAAGCAGCCAUCCAUGAAAGCUGGACAGAUGGUAAGGAGGCCAUGCUAACACAGAAGGACUAUGAGACCGCAUCUCUGUCUGAGAUCAAAGCUCUCCUGAAGAAGCAUGAGGCAUUCGAAAGUGACCUUGCUGCCCACCAGGACAGAGUGGAGCAGAUUGCUGCCAUUGCACAGGAGCUCAAUGAGCUGGACUACUACGACUCCCCGAGUGUUAAUGCACGCUGUCAGAAGAUCUGUGAGCAAUGGGAUGCUCUGGGUUCCCUCACACAGAGUCGCAGAGAAUCUCUCGAGAGAACAGAGAAACAGCUGGAGUCUAUUGAUGAGCUGUACCUGGAGUACGCCAAGAGAGCAGCACCGUUCAACAACUGGAUGGAGGGAGCCAUGGAGGACCUUCAGGACAUGUUCAUUGUACACAACAUCGAGGAGAUCCAGGGACUGAUAACGGCUCAUGACCAGUUCAAAUCAACUCUUCCAGAGGCAAAUAAAGAGCGGGAAGCUAUCCAGGCCAUCCAGGCUGAAGUUCAGAAAAUCGCACAGUACAAUGGCAUCAAACUGGCUGGAAACAAUCCUUACACCUCCAUCACCCCUCAGAGCAUUGACAAGAAGUGGGAGAAGGUGCAGCAACUGGUUCCACAGCGUGAUCAGGCUCUUCAGGAAGAACUUGCACGUCAGCAGUCUAAUGACCAUCUCAGACGCCAGUUUGCCAACCAGGCCAACAUGAUUGGACCAUGGAUCCAAAAUAAGAUGGAGGAGAUCGGGCGGAUAUCAAUUGAGAUGAAUGGAACGUUGGAAGAUCAGCUGACCCACCUCCGUCAGUAUGAGCAGAGCAUCAUUGAAUACAAACCCAACAUCGACCAACUGGAGGGAGACCAUCAGCUCAUUCAGGAAGCACUUAUAUUUGACAACAAAUACACUGCUUACACUAUGGAGCACCUUCGUGUUGGUUGGGAGCAACUCCUUACUACAAUUGCUCGCACUAUUAAUGAGAUCGAGAACCAGAUUCUGACUCGUGAUGCUAAAGGCAUCAGCCAGGAGCAGCUUCAUGAGUACCGCACGUCCUUCAAUCACUUCGACAAGGACCACAGUGGUGUCUUGCAAGCUGAGGAGUUCAAGGCUUGUUUGAUCAGUCUGGGUUACGACGUGGAAAACGACAAGCAGAAGCGCACGGGGAUAAUGGACAGCGACGAUUUCCGCGCACUGCUCAUUUCCACUGGGAACAGCCUGGGUGAUGCCGAAUUUACUCGUAUUAUGGGUAUUGUUGACCCCAACAACAGUGGAGCAGUGACCUUCCAGGCCUUCAUCGACUUCAUGUCAAGGGAAACAACCGACACAGACACCGCAGACCAGGUCAUCGCCUCAUUUAAGAUCCUAGCCGGAGACAAGAACUACAUCACAGCCGAGGAGUUGAGGCGUGAGCUUCCUCCUGACCAGGCAGAGUACUGCAUUGCCCGAAUGGCACCGUACACGGGCCCCGACGCAGUGCCGGGUGCUCUUGACUACAUGUCCUUCUCCACCGCCCUGUAUGGGGAGAGCGACCUCUAAGGGCCAACUCCAGAACUCCGGAGCAGUUCUCUCUCCUGCAUCAGUGCUGAUCUUCUCACAGACUAGAUAGAUGAGAGCACUGGAUGGAGCUGCAUCUGUCUUUCUCUCAACCAUCCAGUCCUUAAAGAGAUCAGUGCUCCUGAGGAAGAGGAAGAUAUUUAAGAGUGUUGGAAAUGGGACUUCAUAGCACACCUGAGGGGGAGGGGGGAUAGAUGUUUGGGGGAAGGGGGUUACCAUGGCAUUGUGGGAAGAGCAAAUAACUGUUGAUGAAGCUUGCCGCGCAUUGAGGGAUAAUCUUUUGAUUCCGUGUUAAACAUGUCGGUCUUGGAGAGCUUAAGAAAAGAUGUAGGAUAGAAGGAAAGAGAGAAGUUUAAUAUUGCAGAUUCAGUGUCAAGGGAAGAGGGUGUGUGGCUUUGGACUGUAGCCACAGCUCAGGUUCUUUAAUCUUCUUCUGUUUCCUCUUAAAAUGACAUGUAUAAUAUGAAAGGACUCGAUGGCGUUUUUCCAGCUUUCAAGUGACUUCUCACCAGCAGUAACCUGUAAAGACAGUUGAUGUUGAGCCGUUGGGCUCAUUAAAUUCGAAAAAUAUUAAUUAAAUCUACUAGGUUGUUCUGGGAUGGAACUAAAGAGAGCUUAAAGAAUCAGCUUUGGCUUCAGUCUAUGCCUAGACGCUUAACCUGCACCCUCUACCCCGGUGGGGAGGGCACAAGCUUUUCCAGUUAACAUGCUAUUUUUCUUUGUUUUAAUUUUGUUUUCUUCCUAGAGUUGGUGGGGUGGGAGGUUUGGUUUGGGGUUGGAAUAUAUUAUUUGGCAUAUAGCAAGGCUGUAUAUCGUAGGAAAAUGGACAGAAUGACUCAAGUGUUUUGAUAGGGAAUUUGUGACAUGCCCUCUUAACCCAUUUUGCUGGAUCGGUGGAACUCUUUGAAAAUCUAACCUCAGCUUUUUCCUCCCUUUUUUAUUUCUUUCCUCCAGCAAUUUUGAGUUAGCGGGAUUCUACGCUGUACAUACUUAUUUUCCAGUACACGGAGCUGUCAGACUACCCAUGGCGGUCACACUGGGCUUCAGGUCAUAAGCAAAGAUUAUAAAAUGAGCAGUUUCACCCCUGCGGAGGACUGUAGGCAGGCUUAGGUAGCUACAGGUCUGUUUUUUGAGGGGUUGAAGAAUGAAGAUACAAAAAUACCCAGUCAAUUUUUUGUUUUCCUUCCCCGAUCAACCAUACAGCGUUCUCUUAUUGACUCCCUGACUCAAGUAGACAUGUCCCUUAAGGAUUUAUUAACUGAAACUAAUGUCCAUCUGCCAUCCAUCUCUAAUCGUUUCCCAGAUAUUACUGAAUGUCCAUGUGAGAGCUUCAGUGCUGAUGUGAGCAGCAUAGCCUUGUAGAGCCUACACAGCUGCUGAAUCAACAGUGGAAAAGAGAAUUUUAUAUAGUCAGAAAUAAGUACAAAUGUGCCUGGUAGUUGCAGGUUGCUCUCUCUCCCACUCAUUUUUUCCUUUCCUUUUGUUGUGCACUCGUUUUUCUCUUUCUACAGGGGGCAGGGACCCAAUGUACAGCUCUGGAGGUUGAGGGGAAGGAGUGGGAGAGCUGAAGUCUUAAUGAACAUUCCAUUAUGUCUUAAUUAAAAUUAAAUUACUGUCUAACAAAUCUAUGCAAUCAUGUAUCCAAUACCAACCAUGCUCUGUAAUGAACGGCGGGGGUGAUUUGCAAUCGGAAGUGUUGAAUUGAAGUGAGAACAAAUUAAGGGUAGAGGGAGGGAAUAGGGUUGGGAAGAUGGGCUUCAGAAGAUUUGAACAGACUUGGACCAAAAGCCUGCUCUUACAUCUGCAAAGUUGAAUAAAAGCAUUUGGAAUUCUGAUUUUUUUUUUCUUUUGUACUCUUUAAUAUCAAACGUUAUCUGCUGUACUGGAAAUUUGCAAAAACUGCUUUCUGUCUCAAGAUGAUAAGUGAAUUUCACAUGCACACAUAAAGUUUCCUUAUAAAAUAUUACCACUUUGAA